ACUUCUACAGUGGAACCCACACUGCUAUUACGACCAAUCCCUACAACCUAAAGAAAAGAAAGAAAGAAAGAAAAAAAUACUAUGUACUCAAAGAGAGAAAUAAUUGAGAUUAGAGAAAGAUUGAACAAACAACAACAACAACCACAAGAAAAGAGGGAUUUUGGAGAAGAUGAAAUGCCCUGUGUUAGCUAAGACCGUUGUUUUCUUCUUUUGCUGCGUUUUCCUUUUGGUUCCUGGGAAACUUUCAGCGCCUCUGCUUUCUGAGAAAGCGAUUUUGCUAGACCUCAAAGCUUCCUUUUUGGACCCAACUGGGAUUCUCUCUACCUGGAACUCUACCUCCUCAGAUCAUCACUGUUCGUGGUUUGGUGUCUCUUGUGACUCCGGUCCCAGAGUCGUCUCGUUGAGGAUCGGCGGGGGUGAUGUUGUUGAGCGAGGUAAUUCUCAACCCCUUUUUUCUUGUUCCGAGUCUUCGAGCUUUUAUGGGUUUGGGCUUAGGAGUGGGAAGAAGAGAUGGAGGAAGAGGAGGAAGAGUGGUUCGCAUACGAAGGGAAAACUCGGAGGAAAGCUUUCCCCGUUGAUUGGGAAACUCACGGAGCUUAGAGUUUUGUCGCUUCCUUAUAAUGAUCUAAGUGGAGAAGUUCCUUUCGAGAUUUGGGGUUUGGAGAAGCUUGAAGUGGUUGACCUUGAGGGGAAUCUGAUAACUGGAAAAAUCCCUAAUGGUUUUAGUGGGUUGAGACGGUUGAGGCUUUUGAAUCUUGGGUUAAAUAGGAUCGAUGGAGAGCUUCCUCUUUCGUUAUCAAAAUUGGAAGACCUUAAGGUCCUCAAUUUAGCUGGUAAUGCUCUGAACGGAACAAUUCCCGGGUUUGGGGGCGGUUUUUCGAAGUUAAAGAGUCUCGAUCUGUCUCGUAAUGGGCUGACUGGCCCUGUUCCGGCUGAGUUUGGAGAUACUUGUGAUCUUCUCGAGCUUCUGGAUCUGUCAGAGAAUUUCUUAGAGGGUAUUAUUCCAGGAAGUUUGGGAAAAUGCCGCCAGCUUCGAACGCUUCGGUUGUUUUCGAAUAAGUUGAGUGGUAUCAUUCCUCGCGACCUUGGUCAACUUCGGAUGCUUUAUGUUCUUGAUGUUUCAAGAAAUAGCCUUAGUGGUCCAAUCCCAGCUGAACUCGGAGAAUGUGUUAAUUUGUCAGUUCUUGUGCUCUCUAAUCUUUUCGAUCCAUUCCAAAACAAUGAAAAUUCAAAUGGAGGUAGUGAGAACAAUCGUUUUGAAGGCGUUGUUCCAGAAAGAAUUUCGACUCUUCCUAAGUUAAAAAUACUUUGGGCGCCAAGGGUGAGUCUGGAAGGCAAGCUUCCUGUCAAUUGGGGCCAUUGUCAGAACUUGGAAAUGGUGAACUUGGCUCAAAACCUUCUUGAAGGAGAACUUGUUGGAGUCUUUGAGAGAUGCAAGAAGCUGCAUCAUCUUGAUUUGAGCUCAAAUAAGCUGACUGGGGAACUAGAUGAGAAGCUUCCAGUUCCCUGCAUGACUGUGUUUAAUGUAAGAGGGAAUCUCAUGUCAGGACCCGUCCCAAGAUUUAAGGACAAGAUGUGCUCAUCUAUGUCCUUGAAUUCUGAUCUUGUUCAAUUUUACAAACCUUCAUGUCCAUAUAAGUUCUUCUUCACUUGUAAAACUCGUAUGGAGACCAAUUUGCCAUUUGCCCGCGCUAGUGUCACAGUGAUUCACAAUUUAAGUGGUAACAACUUCUCAGGUGCAAUCCAAAGCCUUCCAAUUGAACCAAAGAUAUUUGGGAAACGCACAGUUUACGCAUUUCUUGCUGGUGGAAACAAACUCACUGGAUCAUUUCCAGGAAAUUUGUUUAGAAAUUGCAAUGGAUUAGAUGGGAUGAUUUUGAAUGUCAGUAACAACAGUUUAACUGGUCACAUUCCUCUGAAAAUUGGUGUCAUGUGCAAACCUCUUAUAUUCCUUGAUGCCUCUGGCAACGAAAUCACGGGAUCAAUACCUCCAACUCUUAUGAAUUUGACAUCUCUUGUCACUCUUGAUCUGAGUCGAAACAAGUUGCACGGUCAAGUUCCACCAGGUAUGAGUCGUUUGAAGCAUCUCAAGUAUCUUUCCCUGGCUGAUAACAAUCUGACUGGGCCAAUACCUCAUAGCUUUGGAUGGUUUCAGUCUCUUGAAGUGUUGGAUCUAUCUUCAAACGCUCUGUCUGGGGAUAUUCCGAAGGGUCUUGUUUACUUGAGAAAUUUAACUAUUCUGCAGCUCAACAAUAAUAAACUUCAAGGGCAGAUUGUUUCAGGGUUGACCAAUGUGAGAUCACCCUCUACAUCUAAGUUCUCUCGGCUUCUGGCAGUAGAAACUUCAAAUGAGUCAGAUGAAAAUUUGAAUGCACAAAAUACUGAUGUUUAUGAAUCAGGAAGUGACAGUAACACUGGAAAUGGUGGAUUGAACCCAAUUGAAGUUGCAUCCAUAGCAUCUGCAUCUGCCAUUGUGUUAGUUCUUUUAGCUCUUAUCAUCCUCUUCUUAUAUACAAGGAAAUGGAUGCCGGAUUCCAGGGUUCAGGGUCUGGAAUUGAGAGAAAUUACAGUUUUCACCAACAUUGGGGCUCAGUUGACCUUUGAGAGUAUUGUUCGAGCAACUGGGAACUUCAAUGCCAGUAACUGCAUUGGAAAUGGAGGUUUUGGAGCUACUUAUAAGGCUGAAAUCCAACCUGGAGUUAUUGUAGCUGUAAAGAGGCUUUCGGUGGGAAGGUUUCAUGGGGUUCAGCAAUUCCAUGCGGAGAUUAAGACACUUGGAAGGGUGAGACACCCGAAUCUUGUAACUUUGGUAGGUUACCAUGCCAGUGAAACUGAGAUGUUCCUCAUAUACAAUUAUUUACCUGGAGGUAAUCUGGAAAAUUUCAUCAAGCAAAGAUCCAUAAGAGCAACUGAUUGGAAUAUUCUCCAUAAGAUUGCUCUGAAUAUAGCCCAUGCACUUGCUUAUUUGCACGAUCAGUGUGUUCCUCGAGUCCUACACCGAGAUGUCAAGCCAAGUAAUAUACUGUUGGACAACAACUUCAAUGCUUAUUUGUCUGACUUUGGAUUGUCUAGGCUUUUGGGGACUUCUGAAACUCAUGCAACAACUGGUGUGGCUGGGACCUUCGGAUACUUGGCGCCGGAGUAUGCUAUGACUUGUCGAGUCUCUGACAAGUCUGAUGUUUAUAGCUAUGGUGUUGUACUCCUCGAACUGAUUUCAGAUAAGAAGCCGCUGGACCCUUCAUUCUCUUCACAUGGAGACGGUUUCAACAUCGUCUCUUGGGCAAGCAUGUUGUUGCGACAGGGUCGUGCUAAGGAGGUAUUUACUGCUGGAUUAUGGGAUGCAGGCCCCCAUGAUAAUCUAGUGGAGAUGCUUCACUUAGCUGUUACUUGUACAAAUGAAACUCUCUCCAUCAGGCCUACAAUGAAACAUGUUGUCCAAAAGCUGAAGAGAAUUCAACCUCACUCAUUAGCUAGGUAACAAAUGAACCAUUGCAGUUAUAUAAUAGAGGAAUAGAAGAGUAUAGAAGGGGCUCAUUUUUUUGCAUCUUUUUUCUGUGUUCUCCUGUAAAACCCCUUUUGCUGCUAAGUCUAGAAAUACAUUAACUUGUGCAAUUUGUACAUUCUCAUUCUGUUCCAUUUUGUUGUACUGUAACACUAACACCCACUCGUCCUGCUUAGAUCUUAGAACUAAUGGAAUUUGCAUCAAUAUUGGAUCUUGAUUCAUGUAAUUGAAAAUAAAACUCCAAGCAGAAAUGUCGUUCUUGAUUUGUUCCAUCUAUGGUUCUGCCACUAAUCUGUGAUUUGGCUUUCUA